GUUCUCGCGCUGCAGCUCUGCUCCCGUCGCAACGAGAUCUUUCGAGAUCUUCUCCGCCCCCGCUACCGGCGCCCCCUCUGCUGCCGCUAAGCCGGAGCCGGCUGGAGUAGCGCCCUCCGCUGCGGUCCUCCUUCCAGGGACGUAGACGCUCUCGUGGACACCUGCCCAUUCCCCAGUAACCUCGGAACCCCAGCCCACGCGACCCACUCCUUCCGCGCGCCAGCCCCGCCGGGGUCCGUGUCCUGUCUCGGCGGCCGGACCCGGGCCGAGCCCGAGCAGUAGCCGGCGCCAUGUCGGUGGUGGGCAUAGACCUGGGCUUCCAGAGCUGCUACGUCGCUGUGGCUCGUGCCGGCGGCAUCGAGACGAUCGCCAACGAGUACAGUGACCGGUGCACGCCGGCUUGUAUAUCCUUUGGUCCUAAGAAUCGUUCAAUUGGAGCAGCAGCUAAAAGCCAGGUAAUUUCCAAUGCAAAGAACACAGUCCAAGGAUUUAAAAGAUUUCAUGGCCGUGCAUUCUCUGAUCCAUUUGUGGAGGCAGAAAAAUCUAACCUUGCAUAUGAUAUUGUACAAUUAUCCUCUGGAUUAACGGGUAUAAAGGUGACGUAUAUGGAAGAAGAGCGGAAUUUUACCACUGAGCAGGUGACUGCCAUGCUUUUGUCCAAGUUGAAGGAGACAGCAGAAAGUGUUCUUAAGAAGCCUGUUGUUGACUGUGUUGUUUCGGUUCCUUGUUUCUAUACUGAUGCGGAAAGACGAUCAGUGAUGGAUGCAACACAGAUUGCUGGUCUUAAUUGCCUGAGAUUAAUGAAUGAAACUACUGCAGUUGCUCUUGCAUAUGGAAUUUAUAAGCAAGAUCUUCCUGCCUUAGAAGAGAAACCAAGAAAUGUAGUUUUUGUAGACAUGGGGCAUUCUGCUUAUCAAGUUUCUGUAUGUGCAUUUAAUAGAGGAAAACUGAAAGUUUUGGCCACAGCAUUUGACACAACACUGGGAGGCAGAAAAUUUGAUGAGGUUUUAGUAAAUCACUUCUGUGAAGAAUUUGGGAAGAAAUACAAGCUAGACAUAAAGUCUAAAAUUCGCGCAUUAUUACGACUGUCUCAAGAGUGUGAGAAACUGAAGAAAUUGAUGAGUGCAAAUGCUUCAGACCUCCCUUUGAGCAUUGAAUGUUUUAUGAAUGAUGUUGAUGUAUCUGGAACUAUGAAUAGAGGCAAAUUUCUGGAGAUGUGUGAUGAUCUCUUAGCUAGAGUGGAGCCACCACUUCGUAGUGUUUUGGAACAAGCCAAGUUGAAGAAAGAGGAUAUUUAUGCAGUGGAGAUAGUGGGUGGUGCCACACGAAUCCCUGCAGUAAAAGAGAAGAUCAGCAAAUUUUUUGGCAAGGAACUUAGUACAACAUUAAAUGCCGAUGAAGCUGUCACUAGAGGAUGUGCACUGCAGUGUGCAAUCUUAUCACCUGCUUUCAAAGUCAGAGAAUUUUCUAUUACUGAUGUGGUAGCAUAUCCAAUAUCUCUGAGAUGGAAUUCUCCAGCUGAAGAAGGGUCAAGUGACUGUGAAGUCUUUUCAAAAAAUCAUGCUGCUCCUUUCUCUAAAGUCCUCACAUUUUAUAGAAAAGAACCUUUCACUCUUGAGGCUUAUUAUAGCUCUCCUCAGGAUUUGCCCUACCCAGAUCCUGCUAUAGCUCAGUUUUCAGUUCAGAAAGUCACUCCCCAGUCUGAUGGCUCCAGUUCAAAAGUGAAAGUCAAAGUUCGAGUAAAUGUCCAUGGCAUUUUCAGUGUGUCCAGUGCAUCCUUAGUGGAGGUGCACAAGUCUGAAGAAAAUGAGGAACCAAUGGAAACUGAUCAAAAUGCAAAGGAAGAAGAGAAGAUGCAGGUAGACCAGGAGGAACAACAUGUUGAAGAGCAACAGCAGCAGACGCCAGCAGAAAAUAAGUCAGAAUCUGAAGAAAUGGAGACCUCUCAAGCUGGAUUGAAAGACAAAAAGAUGGACCAACCACCUCAAGCCAAGAAGGCAAAAGUGAAGACCAGUACUGUGGACCUGCCAAUUGAGAAUCAGCUGUUGUGGCAGAUAGACCGAGAGAUGCUCAACUUGUACAUUGAAAAUGAGGGUAAGAUGAUCAUGCAGGAUAAACUGGAGAAGGAGCGGAAUGAUGCCAAGAAUGCAGUAGAAGAAUAUGUAUAUGAAAUGAGAGACAAGCUUAGUGGUGAAUAUGAGAAGUUUGUGAGUGAAGAUGAUCGUAACAGUUUUACCUUGAAACUAGAAGAUACUGAAAAUUGGUUGUAUGAAGAUGGAGAAGACCAGCCAAAGCAAGUUUAUGUAGAUAAAUUGACUGAAUUAAAAAAUUUAGGUCAGCCUAUUAAGACACGGUUUCAGGAAUCUGAAGAAAGACCAAAAUUAUUUGAAGAACUAGGGAAACAGAUUCAGCAGUAUAUGAAAGUAAUCAGCUCGUUCAAAAACAAGGAGGACCAGUAUGACCAUUUGGAUGCUGCUGAUGUGGCAAAGGUAGAAAAGAGCACAAAUGAGGCAAUGGAGUGGAUGAAUAACAAGCUGAAUCUACAGAACAAACAGAGUCUGACCAUGGAUCCUGUCGUCAAGACAAAAGAGAUUGAAGCUAAAAUUAAGGAGUUGACAAGUAUGUGUAACCCUAUAAUUUCAAAGCCCAAACCCAAAGUGGAACCUCCAAAAGAGGAGCAAAAAAAUGCAGAGCAGAAUGGACCAGUGGACGGACAAGGAGAUAGCCCAGGCCCUCAGGCUGCUGAGCAGGGUGCAGACACAGCUGUGCCUUCGGAUUCAGACAAGAAGCUUCCUGAAAUGGACAUUGAUUGAUACCAACACUUGUUUAUAUUAAAACAGACUAUUAUAAAGCUUUAAGUUGUCAACUUUGUUCUAAAUAUCAACUAGAGCAAGUGAAUACUGGAGAUUUCUUAGUCAGUUUUUAGGGAAUUUUGGGGGGGGGUGGGGGAUAUAGGUAAUGUAUGGAGCAUUUUGACUUCUAAAUAGUUAGAUACAGAAAUUAAGUGCAUUGUAUCUUUUUUCAUAAUGGUACUAUUUAGAAGCCCAGUUAGUCUUACUGAGCUUAUGCUUCACUCCAUUUAUGUUUAAUCAUGCUUCUUCAAAAUAAGUUUGUUUUGGAAAGUUGAGCUACAGCAAAAGCUAAAACUAGCUAUCAAGCUGGCUUUUCACUAUGACAUUUAUGGUAGGACCUCUAACUAUGCUUCAAAAAUUGGUUGUGGACAUUGCCACAAAGACUUUCUGCCUGGUGUGGGGUUUAGGGUGGGGGCUCCCUCUGUUCCUGAGCAGACCAGAGCAUGGCCUGGUGUGAAUUAAUGUAGGAGAGCAACAAAGGCACACCAAUCUUCACCCUUCCCCUCUACCCUCAGCCCUGCCCUCUUCCCUCCUUCUAAGGAAAGAACUCCCUUUACAAAUGGCAUGUGCUGCUUUUGGGAAUAGAGAGCCCCUCACUGGGAGCAAGUUGUAAACAGAAUUUUAGACUUGGAGAUGCUUCCUUUAAAGUUCACUAACACCCUGAGCAUCAAAGUCUAAAUAAUUUUCUCUUCAGAAGAUGUACUGUUAGACAUAGGCAUGGUAAAUUACACUGAGGAAUUGAUCUUGCUCAUUAUGGCAUUUAAAGAUUUGUAUCCUGGCCUGUUUGUUGGUGAGAGAUGUUCUGUGUAAAUUUGAGGUAUAGUUUGAACUCCUAGGACAAAGUUAAAAGUUAUUUUUGACUCAUACACAAUCACUUGUGUGUUAAGUGUUAAUAUCUGUCAUGAAUCUGCCAAUUUGUACGUGUUAAACAGAUGACAGAUCAUUAAAAAAAACGAAGAUACACUGGAUUGUACUGGAUGAGUCUGAAACAAAUGAGUGUUAAACAAUGUGCCCAAUGUUAGAGCAACACCUCCUUCAACCAAUGUCAGGAGCACCAAAGCAUUCCUCUGACUGUUCUUUGGGGGUGGUGUGGAUAGGAGUGAGGCGUUUGGAAACUUCAAGGGGAGCCUGUAUUAGAGGCCAGAGCUGGUUCCUCCUGCCUAUAAACUGUUACAAGCUUUGUUGGUUAUGUUUUGUAUCUUUGUAAUAACUGAUAUUCUGUGUAACAGAGUGCCUCUCUGUUAGUUUUGGCUUAUGUUGUUAGAACCAAGACUAUACCUUGCAUAGUAGGAAUAAAUUUCUGUCGGUCUCUGUGCAGAAAGGUUUUUAAGUGUUAGAGCUCUAAAGUGCUAUAGAGACAGACGAUUGGAGAGGAAGGGGAAGUUCGCUUAUGUUGGUGUGUAAGCGUCCCUCACAGCACCAGGACUCUGUUCCUAAGGGCACUGGAGCCCUAUUCCUAAACUAUGCUUUCUCCCUGUCCUGCUGCAAGAGUUCCAGCUGACCUGCUGAAAGGCCAGUAGCUGUUUGAAAUGCUGGUGCAGGAUUAAGUCAACUCUGAUGUAACUCAGUCCUUAAUGGCCAUUUCUUCUAAACAUUGUGUGUGUGUGUGGGAAGGGUUUGGGUGUUGGGAUGGGGAUGGAUUUGAGGUUUAAAACUAGGAAUAGGAUGGUAUGGUCUGCUUGCUCUCUGUUUAGAUAGGCUUUAAGACCAAUUCGAUUUACAUGGAGGCAGGCCAGAGAGUGGUAAUUGAUAACUUGUGUGCAGACAAGCAUUUUCCAGGUUGCGUUAUCCAAAUUUGUUAAACUCCAAGUCACAUUCUUACACUGAGAAAAACAUUCAGUAAACAUGAGACAAGUUUAGGAAAAAAAAAGAAAAAAAAAAAAAACUAAUAAAAGAAACCUGUCUUACA